AGAAACGAUCCGCGGGAAGCGAGAGGUCUCACUCCUGCCAACUUCCGUCUUCGCUUACAUUCCCACGGACUACGCCUCUUUAUUUUGGCUGGAGGCGAACCUGGUUGUCAUGUAAUACUUCCUUCUCGGCUGGGAUUCAGACAAGGAUUUGGCUAUGUGAACCAUAACUAUCUUGAACCUGCACUGUUGUGAUGACUGCGUUUCCUCAUUAGUCCCCGCCCCUUAAUGCGUCAUUCCGCUAGACACGCCCACUGCUACCUCUUCAAGCAAGCUGCAUGUGCUGUCAAAAUAGAGAAGUGAAAGGUUAGUCGGAGAGUCCAGAUUGUGGAGGGAAGAAGUCAAGGAGGACAUAUCAGCGUGUGACUGGGAGAAGGUGAUUUGGAGCUGCUACCUGUUGUGGUGGAGCACAAGAAAUAACCAGCUGUGAGGCCACAUUGUAGUUUAUUUGACCUUCUGGCAAGCCAUUGAGGUUUGGGAUCAAACAAAGCUAUGGAUGCACUUGCAUUAGAGGCAAAGAAUACAAAUGGUGGUGAAGCUGAAAAGAAGUCUGCACCAAGGCCAAGGCCAAAACCUCCCAAAAAGGCCAAAAGGAUAGUGUACUUUGAGGUGGAGAUCUUGGACUCAAAGACCAAAGAGAAACUUCUACUGCUGGACAAGGUGGAACCAACUGCUACAGUUUUAGAUAUUAAGGCUCUGUUUCACAAAUCAAAUCCAAAGUGGUAUCCAGCCAGACAGUCCUUGCGUUUGGAUCCAAAGGCCAAGUGUCUGAGGGAUGAGGAAGUUCUGCAGACACUUCCUGUGGGAACCACAGCCAGCUUCUACUUCAGUGACCUAGGAGCUCAGGUCACAUGGGGAACUGUGUUCCUGACAGAGUGUGCCGGUCCGCUGCUCAUCUACUUAAUGUUCUACUUCCGUCUGCCAUUCAUCUACGCUCCGAAAUACGACUUCACCAGCAGCAAACACUGGGUCGUACACUUGGCCUGCAUGUGUCACUCCUUUCACUACAUCAAGAGGAUUCUGGAGACGCUGUUUGUCCAUCGUAUCUCCCAUGGGACUAUGCCUCUCAGAAACAUAUUUAAGAACUGCGGCUAUUACUGGUGCUUUGCAGCUUGGAUGGCUUACUACAUUAACCACCCUCUCUACACCACACCCUAUUAUGGAGAGCAGCAGGUGAAAGCAGCACUUUACCUUUUCUUGUUCUGUCAAGUGGGGAAUUUUUCCAUCCAUGUUGCACUCCGCAACCUCAAAACUCCAGGUUCAAAAGUCAGAAAGAUUCCUUAUCCGACAAAGAAUCCCUUUACAUGGAUUUUUGCCUUGGUCUCCUGUCCAAACUACACAUAUGAGCUGGGCUCCUGGAUCGGCUUCACAGUGAUGACCCAGUGUUUGCCUGUGGCUUUCUUCACUGCCGUGGCCUUCGUCCAGAUGACUGUCUGGGCCAGAGGCAAGCACCGCAGCUACUUGAAGGAGUUCAGAGAUUACCCCACCCUGCGCUCCUCCAUACUCCCCUUCAUCCUGUAGACCCAGGACCAGUCACUACACACACCAAUCUGCCAUCACUGAUCACGUUAACUGGAUGGAUGUCAGAACGCGUGCUGUGGAGUUACAAUACAUACAGAUGGGGAUAAUGACGACUCUACUUGUCACUCCAUAACAGGGAAUUGCCAGCCACUUUAAUUACACUUACUGUGAUUGGUGGUCUGGUGAACAGGGGACUGAUAGAGCUAGAGGAACUCUUGAGUUAAAUGCAGCAAAGUCUUAAUUCAGUAAAACUAACAAACGUGUGCGGCUGUGAUUGUUUGGAGCGAAGGAUGAAGCAGAGACUGUCCUUUUCUGUUUUGCUACCUUGGUGACUUUGUGAACUGUGCGACGGAGAAUACCAUCCAGUUGAACAAUUCACGUUAUUUCCAUAGCUUAGGGCAGCCCAAUCAGUGAACGUAAACAACUUUUUCACAAAGCUGGGAACAAUGAAGGGGAGACUGACUUUUCUGGCUUCCCGCAGUGUUUGUCUGAGCUUUUACAUCCAACUCUCCUUUAUACUGUGGUGAUGCCAUUUCUUCUGGAUUGCUGAAAAUGUACACUGAUUACAAUAAAAUUAUCCUGUCAGCUCUCACAGUCAUAUUUUCCAUGUCUGGCAUAGGAGUAAUGCUUUCGAAACAGAUAACAUUGAGGUUUAGUUGCUACCAAACACUCC